CACAGUCCGGGCACGAUGGCGUUGUCGAGAAUCUUUUCUUCACAACUUUCUUUGGUCUCCAAGGGUUUAUUUUGGAAAUGUAUCGACAAUCCCUGUGUUUUGGCAGUAGCACAGAAACAAACAAUAGCCCAGGAGCUUCUGGAAUGAACUGGGUUUGCCAGAGAAGAGCAAGUGGUCUUUACUUUACACUAAAGACAAAGAAGCUUAUGAUGUAGAAUAUAAGGAAUACAUGAAGAAGCUCACCCCACAACAGAUUGAGAGCAUGAAAGAUCUGAAGCGAAAAAGAUCUCAAGACAAGUUGAAGCGCCAGAUCAGGAGGGACAAGAAGAAAGAAACGGAAGAACUGGGAAAACCGAAGCACCCUGGUAAUGCCUUCACCUUGUACCUCCUCUCCUUAGACAGAGGGGAUGCUCCUCUCAAGGAAUUCCUUGCUGGUGCUGCAAGCAGAUGGCGUCGUUUGCCAGAAGAGGAACAGGAGGUAUUCCGUGAGAGAGCGAAAAGACAGAGGGAACAAUAUGAACAAGAGCUCAGACAUUGGGAGGCCAAAAUGAUCAAAAGUGGAAGGGCAGAUUUAGUGCGUCGACACCAGCAGCUGGAAGAACUGAAGCACACUGCCACCCACCGUCGGCACAUUCAAGAAUAGGGAUUCGCAUCAGGUGAUGCUAAGGGAGAGUCAGGGGUUCUGGACAGAUCUCUGAAGAAAAGGAAGAAACGAGACCAGAAGACGUUAGCUGAUAGUCAGAAUGUAGUUAGAGAAGAACAUGCUUUGGUAGACAGAAAAAGUACCAAGAUCAAGAAACGUCUGGGCAGCUCUGCUCUUGGAAGAAUUGAAGAGGUGAA